ACUAGCUCCCUCCCUAACGGAGCUGCAGGACUCAGUUCGGGAGCCAGGCCACGCCCCCCGCGUCUGAUGUCACUUGCAGGGGGCAUGGCUAGCCCCGCGCCUGACACAGGGGGCGGGGUGAGCGGGGCCACGGCCGCACACAGGCCACUGGUGGUCAGGCUCCGCCACUGGGGUGCAGACUGGGGCAGGGGUGGAGCUAGGAGAGAGGGGGCCCCUGUUCGCCCCUCUCCCCAGCACCCCUUCAGAGUGAGGGAGAUAAUGCAGAAAAUAGGGAGGGGUGGAACUGGGGGCCCUCAGAAGCUGGGGGCACUGGGUGAUUUGAACCCAUCUGAUGAAUUAUAGCUACGCCCCUGGACUGGGCACCCAGCCUUAAAGGCAAACGGAAAAAGAAGUCUGUCCCCAUGGCGGAAAGCCAGCCCCAGAAGUCUCCGGAGCUGUGCCCAGCAGAAGAGCCUGCGAUUGGGAGUCCUAACACUGAAGAGUGUCCCGGUGCCCCCGAGAAGCUGGAUCCAGUGGAAUCUCCCUCAUCAAAGCCAGAUGGCACCACCAAUGCUGAACAGAGGAUCCUGGCAGAAGAGUCUGGAGAUGAGCAGGCACUGAGCAGUGAGAAAGAAGAGGAGCAGACGUUCCUGGUCAACCUGUACAAAUUCAUGAAGGAACGUCACACGCCAAUUGAGAGGGUUCCUCAUCUCGGCUUCAAGCAAAUUAACUUGUUUAAGAUCUACAAAGUCGUAGAAGAGCUUGGAGCCUACGAACUGGUCACGGGAAGACGUCUUUGGAAGAACGUGUACGACCUGUUGGGCGGCAGCCCGGGAAGCACCAGUGCAGCCACUUGCACCCGGAGGCACUACGAGAGGCUGGUCCUCCCGUACGUGCGGCACCUGAAGGGUGAGGACGACAAGCCUCUUCCCCCCAUCAAGCCCCGGAAGCAGUAUAAGGUGUCCAAAGAGCCGAAGGGAGAAAAGGCGGGGAGCAGCAGCGGUGUGGAGAAAAAGAGAGUCAAGAAGGAGAAAAGCAGGGACCAGGUUCCGCCGGAGAAGCCGACUGCCGAGGCCCUCUCUGUCCCGCAGGCGAUGGACAGUGCUGAACAGGGCCAACCCUCCGAGCAGGCUGAGGGGCUCCUGCCCUUUCCCAGCGGCCAGGAGGCGCCUGCAAGCCAGCCGCCCGAGGGCUGCCACGGCAACUGCAGGGCCCACGGCUACUCCGAAGCCUACAAGCGGCUCUUCUCCAGCUUCUACUUCAAAGGCAACCACGGCAUCAUGUCCCCCUUGGCCAAGAAGAAGCUGCUGGCCCAGGUGAGCAAAGCUGAGUCCCUCUACUGCCAUGAGAAGCAUCUGAGCCACUGCCCGGAAUACAAGAAGGCCAGAAGCCGAGAGAUCCCGGGUGCCUCAGACCCGGAGGCCGGAUGUCAAAAGGCGCUGGUUGGUCACCACCAUGCGGAGGUCCAGAACUCCGUACUGGAGGGGGACCGAUCCAGCAGCCCUGCCGGCCCUUCCCAUGUCUCAAAAGCAAAUGAGACAGUGUUGAAGAUCUCUCCGGUCCUCAAGGAGAGUCACGUGGCUCAGAAACCGGAAGACGGAAGCUCCGGGGUUCAUCGGCUGCCUGGUCCGCCCGUCCUUACGGGUUACUUCCAUACCUACAGAAGUGACAUCAUGAAACCCAUCAGCUGCCACCCUCUGCGAGGACCAGUGGAGUAUUAUUCGGGCUUCAAGCCUUUCCCGGAAGCUCCCUCUGCCUAUCAGCCCUCUGGAAAGGACAUGCCUGCAGGCACCGUCUCUCAGAAACGGCAGGAGGACCCGGAGGAGCAGCCCGAAGACCUCCGCAGGAAACCGAGAGAGCCUCUCCCCUCCUGGAGGGGGGACGGCCAGCAGCCCUCUGCCUUCCAGAGGAGCGGCCCCAGCACCAAGAGGGGCCCCUCCCCUUUCCUGAGCGUCAAGGCCUCUUGGGUGCCUCCCGGGGCCAACCUGGCCAAGGUCAGCCCCCAGGCCCCGAAGAACGGCAGCCUGGCCGUUGCUCCAAGCCAGACGGGCGGCUUGGCUCCGCGGAAACGGACCUUGGAAGUGGACGUCUUCGUGCACGGGAAGAAACUGAAGGCCGUCCCCCCUCUGGUCCAGGAGGUGGAGCCCAGUGAGCGUGGCACUUCCCCCAGCAGCCAGCAGGGGGUGGCGAAGCCCAAGGCGGGCGGGCCGAACUCCGGCUUCCCAGCAGCCCCUGGGCCUCAAGUUCAGGACAUGUAUAAAGGGACCAUGCUGAGGCUGCCAGUGAACUUUAGCAGCCGUGGGGACCACUUGAAGGGCCAGUCGUCGCCCUCCCUGAUCCCCUCCCUGUCCGUCAGCCCGUUUAUCAUCCCCGCCUUCCCGACCCCCUUAUUAACUGCUUCUCUUCAGCCCUCGGACCUCUGCCAGCCUCUGGGCACGAACCUCGUCCACUACCCCACCUCCUACGAUAGCGCGCUGCGCCACAGGCUCUACCCGGUGUCGACGUGGCAUAGCCAGCCGGCCUACGCCUCCCCCCACGUGCCGACUUUCCACCGGAACACCAAACUGUAGCUUCUUGGAACUGACCAGAAGAGACUUGCCAGGUUUGGGACAGCAACGCAGAUGUCUGUGGACUGCAGCCGCGCUGUGCUCCAACGCCGCCGACUGCCUCCCUCUCGGAAGCUCUUUUUUUGGGAAAGCAGUGGGGUGCCCCAGUCAGGACCAUGUACAUUUUGGGUUGGUUUUUUUAAACUCUUGGACUUGGAGCAGUAUUUGUAUUAUGGUAUGGUAUGAUAUGGUAUGGUAUGGUAUGCAAAUUACUUGUAAAAAAACAAAAACAAAACACCUCCACACAGCACCCAAUAGGGAACAAAGCUUAUAUAAACAGAGAAUUUAUAUCUGUGA